AUGGUAAGGAGUUCACUUAGUCUACUUCCUUGCACAGGGCAUCCUCCAAAUAUUCUUCGACCCUUAGGCCUUGGAGUUGAUCAUUCACGAGCUUGUCAACAUCUUCCACUUGCAAUGCUUAUGGCUCUUGCUGACUACAUAUGUAGUGUCAUCGUCACUAAUCAACCUCCUCAUCAACUGAAAGGGGUUGUUCUCUCCGGCUGGCCUGCCGGCGCUGUGCAUUGGUAG